UCUCUCUCUUUCCCUCUCUCUCUCCCCUCCACUCUCCCUCUUCCCCUCUCUCUCUCUUCCCCUCCCUCAUAUACCAGUGGGUGAAUCCCUCUUGAGUCUCAUUGCGCUGCGUUCAGGACCCGUUUCAUUCCUGUGGAUAUCAGCUCUGGGUCUCUGUCGUGGCGUUGACCCUUGACCUCUGGACUGGUCUCCGGCAGCAUGGACCGAGCCCUGAGCCGCCUGGACGCCGCCGGGUUCCUCCAGAUGUGGCGGCGCGUGUUCGACCGCGGCUACAUCGAAGGGAAGGAGCUGGACGCCUUCUUUCACCUCCUGGUGGACAACUCUGGGAUGACGAAGGAGGGGAUGCCGGAGGACGAGCUCAGGAGGCUGAGGCAACGAUUCGGGUCCGUUUACGACAUCGCCGCCAACCGCCGUCUGCGGAUACAAGAGCUGGCCACCGUGAUGCUGCCCCCCGAGGAGGAGAACUUCCUUCUGAUGUUUCGCAGAGAGACGCCGCUGGACAACAGCGUGGAGUUCAUGAGGAUCUGGAGGAGCUACGACACGGACAGCAGCGGCUACCUGUCGGCGCUCGAGCUCAAGGAACUCUUCCUUCAACACAGGAAGUCCAACACGCCUGAGAAGCUGGAGCAGUACACUAUCACCAUGAUGAAGAUGUUCGACAAGAAUAUGGACGGCCGGCUGGACUUAAGUGACUUGGCCAGAAUCUUGGACCUGAAGGAAAACUUCCUCCUGAAGUUCAAGAUGGACGCGAGCAGUCAGGAGGACCGGAGGAGAGACUUCGAGAAGAUAUUCGCUCACUAUGAUAGUCAGACCGGUGCUCUGGAGGGCCCUGAGGUGGACAUGGAGCUGGUGAAGCGGCACCGACCUGGACCAGUUCAAGAAGGCCCUGAUGGGUCACUGCGACCUCAACAUCCAGAAGAACGAGCUGGCUCUCUGCCUCAAGCUCAGCGAAUGCACACUGCCUCCUUUACUACUCACGUCAUCCCUCCUUUCCUUUCUUCCCUCACUUAAUCCCUCCUCUCUGGUUUUCUGGAGGUAAAUGGAUCCAUAAUGUUUCUUAAGUUGAUAAAUGACAUCAUGAUUUAAAGAUGGAUUCCCAGUGAGUAGCGAGUUGUUUCCAUCGCUGUGGUAAGAGAUGAAGUGUUGAAAGACUAACAAAAAGUUUAAGGAAAAUUGAAAAUAAAGAACCUCAUACACGA